AUGAGCUGGUGGUGGAAGGGUGCUCGCAGAAUAACCCUUAAACACGGUGAAGAUAGCGCGGCCCCACAGAAGGUGGCCCUGAUCGUGGGCGUGACUGGUAUCGUGGGUGACAGCCUGGCGGGGAUUCUCCCUGUUGCGGACACCCCUGGAGGGCCCUGGAAGGUGUACGGCGUGGCCCGUCGCCCCCGGCCCUCGUGGAACACGGACCACCCGGUCCACUACAUACAGUGCGACGUGGCUGACUCGGCAGAUGCCAGGGCCAAGCUCUCGUCCCUAGCCGACGUCACCCACAUCUUCUGGGUCACGUGGGCCAAUCGACCCACGGAGACCGAGUGCUGCCAACUCAACGGCGCCAUGCUCCGCAACGUCCUCGACGCCAUCGUCCCCAAUGCCCCAGGCCUUGCCCACAUCUGCAUCCAGACGGGCCACAAGCACUACAUCGGGCCGUUCGAGGCGUUCGGGAAGAUCAAGCCCCACGAGACCCCCUUCGUGGAGGACGUUCCGCGGCUCGACGCGCCCAACUUCUACUACACGCUGGAGGACAUCGCGCUCGAGACGUGCGCGCGGCACCACAGCCUAACAUGGUCCGUCCACAGGCCGGCUGUCAUAUUUGGGUUCUCCCCCUACAGCAUGAUGAACUUGGUGGGGGCUCUGUGCGUGUAUGCUGCCGUCUGCAAGCACGAGAAGGCCCCGUUGAAGUUCCCUGGCACCAAGGCCGCCUGGAACUGCUAUUUCGUGGCCUCUGACGCGGACUUGAUUGCGGAGCAGCAGAUAUGGUGCUGCGUGGAGCCCAACGGGAAGAACCAGGCGUUUAACUGCAGUAAUGGUGACGUUUUCAAAUGGAAGCAUUUGUGGAAGGUGUUGGCGGAUGGGUUUGAUGUGGAGUACGUGGAGUUUGACGAGAGCGAGACUUAUGUCAGCCUGGCGGAGAGGAUGAAGGAUAAAGGAGCCGUUUGGGAUGAGAUCGUGGACAGCAAUAAUCUCACGGGGACCAAGUUGGAGGACUUUAGUUUCUGGUUUGCGGAUUUGAUGCUUUUAGGAGAGUGUAUGCUGGACAGCAUGAACAAGAGCAAGGAGCGCGGGUUUUUUGGAUUUAGGAACUCUGAGACUUCGCUGCUUUCUGUUAUUCACAAAAUGAAAGCCCACAAAAUUGUUCCUUAA